CCGAAGGUUCCGCCAGAGAGGCGACUCGCCUCUGAACAAUUUGCACAGUUUACUUCUCUCGGUCGACGCGAUCGUCUGAACAACACAGGAGGGUUCCAAAAAGUCUUCCUGCCAAGGACAAGUGCCGGACGAGCGCUCCCGCGCAACCGUCGGCGCCUGCAGAGGUAUCGCUGUAGAGAGCGUUCCCUGUUGACAAAAAGAAGGUUUUUGCAAAGAAACACCGUUCGAGCUCCUGCAUGCGUCGGCGAUCCUCUCUCUUCUCCGUCGCGCUUCGCAGAACACAGAAGGGGACGAUGGGCAGUCCUCUUCGCAGGCGCAGAUCCGCGUGAAAAGGAGACGCCUCGCUCCGACCGACGAAGGCAGGUGAAUGCACAGCGAGACAGGCGCUGGAUUGAGACAGCUCCUAAAAGGGAGACACGACGGACCCUCUAGGAAAACAGGAGAGAGGAGGAGAGGGCGGAGAAAAAGCAAGACAGAGAGCCAGCGGAGAACGCGAGGGGACAGAGCGAGCAGAAAGAGAGAGAGAACGAGGAGAACAAGUGGGGAGACAGAGGCAGAACAAGUGCAGAAAGAGAGUGUAGGACAGAACAACGCAAAGGGGAGAACGCUGACGGCGAAGGACGAAGGAUCGAUGCGGAGACCGGAAGUUGCAAAGAGUAGAAGAAGCUGAAUUGGGGAGAGAAUGUCGGCGCGACGACUGGAGCGCCUCGUCCUGGGCGCGGGGAGCACCUUCCAAAACAUCAAAGCUGUCGAGUUUUUUCUUUGCAAGCCUCUCAAGGAAAACGCACUCGUCAAAGAUUUCUGCACUUUCUUCCUUCCUGGUAUUCGGUACCACAAUCCCAAUUUGAGUCUUCAAAUUUUCGAAGCUUCAGAGAACGCGACUGCGCGUGAGGUGCCUGGAGCAAGCGACGGCGCCCCGCCGUCCCCCACCGCAACUCCAGCUCCAGUGUCUCCUGCACGGACUGGAGCCCAACUCGCGCCCGAAGCCGUGCGGCUCUUCUUCGGAGAAGGAAACGGUUCUCAUGUAGUGAACCUGAGCCUGUAUCACAGCCCUCACCAGCUCAUGCAGCGCCUGCUGGACGUUGAUGCGCAGUGGCAGCAGCUGCAGAUCUACGAGAAGUUCCUGCAGAAAAAAGAGAACUUUUAAAUAAUCCGUUCUUCGGUCACAUUUCCACUUUCUGCUUCCACACGUCGGUUUUGAUAGGGACUUGCGUCUGUGUUUCACAUUCAUACGUGUGUAUCGGCAUGUGUGCUGAACUACAUAAAAAAUUUAUAUAUAUAUAUAUAUAUAUAUAUAUAUAUAUGUAUAUAUGGAUGCAUGCGUGAGGGCGUAGGUGUACGAGUUUUGUGGCUCUUGCGUAUGUGCAGACAGAGAAUGAAGAACUAUGCAGCCGAAGUCUGCGCGCGGACCUUCUUGUUCGGCAUUCUGUUAUCUCCUGUUUGACUGUCGGCGCGCGUCAGUCUUUCAGUUCUGCGUAGGACACAGACAGACAGAAAGACGUAUGCUUCUGCGCGCCGGACAGUUGCUCGUGUCGACAUGUCUGACAGCCGGUGGCGGGGGCUGUGCCUAGCUGAGGGCUCCUGGCCUUGUAGUUGGUCGCCAAUUUAGGUAUCAAAUGUUCCACUUAGUAAAGAAGGGACAGCAAAUGAUACGUUCUUGUUUCCAUAUGUGUCGGCCUCUGUUUGCCAAGCUCCCUGCACAUUCUGGGUGGCUCUCUGCGUAUGGGGAUCCGACGGAAAAGCUCCCAGUUCGCUUCUCGCCGUGUAGUUUUCAAGACCCCGAAGCCGCGUAAAAGAGUUCACAGUGUCACAGGACAUCAAAGCAGAUCCUCGAGAUCUGCCCUUUCAAUGAUGCCGCCAACUGACCAUGACAAACACGGUGCAUCACCACAUUCUCUCGAGACAGUUUCACUCGUCUGCGCACGCGCUGCCUACAGUCUGAGAUCCCAUUUUCGCCAGUGUCCUGAUCGAGUGUCUUCGACGAGGACUCUCUGCAUAGAUUGUGAAUGUCUUUCCUUCCCGGCGGCAUGCUCCACUUUGAUAGCAGCGGGCCAUUACAAAAUUGGUCCACGGCACGGAUCGGCUGCCAGAUCUAAACUCCAGUAGACACCAGGGUGGCGGUUCAUAAAUAAGUAUCCUUUCAAAGAGUAAGAUGCGCAAAAAUCAACACAUCCACAUAAAUAUAUAUAAGUAUCUGUGAAUAUUUGUUUGGAUUCCAGCGUUUGGAGACGACCGUCUUCAUCUGUAUCGUGUUGCACUGUCGGAGCAGGGAAAUAAACAACAUUCUGCUGUCUCCGGUGAUGGACGGUUCUGACGGUAUUUCUCGGAUCUUCCUGGUGCUGACAGAUCAGAAGACUUCUCUGAAGAAACGACAACGUUGAGCGGCAUCCGCGUUCUCUCCCGUUCCGAGAUGUGGUAUCCCCCUGUGUCUUCUCCCGGCUGUCACAUUAACGUAGAUACCGACAUCCCUACUGAAUCGUAACCGCCACCCUGGACCCGCACACCGUUCUCUCGCGCCUUUCAGUAAAAGAUGAGACAAACAGCCGCUUCACGAGGGUGCUCUGCCUGGAGCGCUUAACCGAUUUUCUUUUCACGGACUGUGUCUGUGACAUCGAAUCUGAACGUUCCGUCUACAUGUCGCCGCACAAUCUUGGUGUGCCGCCACACGUGGAGGCACCUACACUCCUGCACGUGUUUAAUUCCGCGAAAGCACGCUUCAUCUUGGGUCCUUCGCAUUUUCGGGACCGCAUUCAUUUGAAUUCUGGAGGCG